AGCCCACGACACAGGCGGCCUCUGCUCUCUCUCCGCGCCAUGGAGCUGGAGCUCGAAAGCGGCGGCGGGGGAAGCAGGGCGGUGGCACUCUCCGUUGACUCCCCAGCGGCCGACCUCGGCCGCGGGGACCUGGGCGGCGGAGGCCCCUCCGCGGACCGCACCGUCUCGCGCUGCCACGUGUCCCUCCGCCUUCUCGAUGGCGGCGAGCCCGGGGUCGCGUUCGAGGUCGUCGGCAGGAACCCCGUGGUGGUCCGCUCGCCGGACGGCGGGAGCAGCGGCGUGUUCCAGCGCGGGGAGAAGGGCGAUCUCAGGCCCGGGGAUGCGCUGUCGCUGUCGCUCAAGGCGCCCGCAUUCUGGGCGGUGCGGAUGAGGGAGGGGGACGGGGAGGGCGCGGUGGGGGUGGAGGGCGCCGUGCUGGACGCGGUGGCGAGGCGGGAGAGGCGGACGCGGGAGCUGAAGGAGAGGGAGAGGGAGAAGCGGGCUGCGGAGGAAGAGGCCAUGGAGGUCACCGAAGAGGAGGGGGCGGCGGCGGGCUCCGAGGCGGAGGGUUUGGAGAUCGAUCUAGCAAGCGUCGAUCCGGUUCGAGAAUUUGGGUUCCUGUCGAUGGGGCAUGAGUUUGACAGUUAUCCAAAGGGAAGGAUUCGUGCGCCAAAGGAUUGGAAUUGGUUUCUAGAGGAAACAAAGAGGACCUCCGACGAUGAAGACGAUGAGAUUAGCAAUGGGAGAGGUAGAUCAAAAGGUUGGGGUCAAAACAAGAAGAAAAAUGGAGAAGGGGGAGAUGAGGACUGGACUGAUGAGAGUGAGGAUGAAAAAGAAUCCCUGUCAAGAGGUCCUAGUGUGAAGAGAUCGAAGUAUGUGACAAGAUCUAAAGACCCAAAAAAGCCUCGUCAGGAAAACUCAGAGGUUAAAGGUGGAGACAGUGAUGGUGAGGACGAGGAAGAUGAAACUCUGGGAGGUUUUGUAGUUAAUGAUGAGGACGAUGAGCCUAUGGAAGAGCUGAGUGAUGAUGAGGAUGAAGAGGAGGAAUUCGACGAUGAGGAAGAUGAUGAUUGAUAACACUAUCAGAAAUGGACAUUCUCACUGAUGAUGUAAAGCGCUGACAAGUAGGUUUUCUCUUUGAGUUACAAGUCUGUUUUGCUCCCCGUUGAACUUGUGUAAAUACUGUUUGACAACUGUUGGGGAGUGUUCUUACGUGUUGUUCGCUAAGCUGAUGCAAUUUGCUUCUGUUC